AUGAAAGGUCGCUGGAAACGUCUUAACGAAAAUAUAAACAAAUGGGUUGCUGUUAGCAGGAAAGCAAACGCUCGAAGAAGUGGGAUGAGCGACAACGAUGUUGAGAAAGAAGCUCAUUCCAUUUACGAAGCAGGUGGAAACAAGUUUCUAGACUUGGUUGUAUUUAAUGAAAUUAUGAGUAAACAUCCCAAGUGGAAUGUUCAUGAUACCACCCCUGUUUUUCGCCGUCAAAGUGAAGAUGUUGAUGACCAACAAAGUGGUGACAGUUCGAAAAGAUCAAAGACUUCGAAAGAUGGGGGAUUUUCUAUCACAUCUAAUCUAGAAACUCCAACAUCUGAACAGUUAACUGCGACUCAAAUUCUUGCAAUGAGACUCACUAGAGAUGCCGAAGCUGAGUUAAUAAAGACUCGAAUCGAUCUAGAGCGCGAGAAGUUGCAAAGAAACGCAAUGAAGAUGAAAGAAAAAAUGUUGCUUCAAUUGUUGUCGAAAGAGCACUUAUCUCCAAAAGACGAAGAGAUGAACGUCAACUAA